AUGCAGGAAUACGCGCUUGCAUGUGUAGGCACAUGCGCAUGUACAAGUACAUUUGUAUGUUCUUACGACGGCUCAUUCCGAGGUGGUGAGUCGCAGGACUGGUCGGUGCUUCAGGUGUGCAGAAUCGAUGCGGGCACUCAGACCACAUGUGAACGGAAGUUGUCGGAUGAGCGACGAUUGCGUGACGACAUCGCUGUGGGUUCACUGGAAGAUGAGGUGCUGUGGUCCAGGAGUCGAAAUUUGCCUGCUUGUAUAAGCGCUCUUGCGAUACAGGGCGAGGCGGCAGUUGGCGCAGUUGGCUCACAAACUCAUUGCCUGCGCAAGCUUGAAGUGCGGGUGGCGUCAUGUUGGCGGCAUUCCGAUGGGCAGCAGGCUUCAAGUCUCAAAGGAAGCGAGCACAGCAGCUUGCAGCUGUCGUCGACGCAGUCGCCGUCUUCUGCUCAGGAGAACCUGUGCAGUGAGGGAAGCGUUGGUGGCCGCCAUCGCUUGCAGCAUACGCCUUGCAACUCCUUGUCGUCUGUGUCUUCCCCGCUGGAAAACUCAAGCCUGCUGAAGGACCUUGAUGCAGCAAGUCCAGCAUGGGACCGGAUGCGGGACGACGUUGCAAAGUUGCCAGUCGAAGACCUACAGAGGAGAGCAGAAGCUUUGACACAGAAGCUACAGCACAGAGAGCAUCAGUGCAUGGUGUUGCGGGAAGCUUUAGAAGCUUGCAAUCAUCACUUCAGACAUGCGCUCGAACCAAAGCGAGGUGGCAGUUGA